UUCGCAUGGUUAUAGUUUGUACGCCUACCAGUCCUCAUAAAUAUUAAUAACAGAGAUUGGAAUAUGAGUCACAGUGUUUCAAUACCUAUUGUUCCCAGCAAUAAUACAGCAAAAUUGUGAAGUAAAUAGCUAUGUCAUAAAAUUAAUAAUUGUUCUUUAAAGAAAGCUCGUCUUACGUUCGCAAAAAUGAUAAUGAAAAAGAAAAUAGGAGUCUAGUCUACUUAUCCGAUAUUAUUUGAUUAUCCAGUAGAAUUUUACUGCAUUUGUAUUUAUUUUACAAGGAACAUUUCUGAGGGGGCAGAAAUAUUUAGGUUUUUUUUCUGUAUCAUGCACAAUGGGUUUGUUUAUAAUUGCAAAUAUAGCGUUCGUUAGAAGACAAAAUGUGAAAUCUACUAAGUAGAUUUUGGCUAAUAGUUUGAGCGUUUUGCCACUGAUUAAUCGGCACGGACCCCUGAACAGAGCUUUGAGAUUCCACCACAAGAGGUGCCAAUAUCGCUGGUGCAAUCUACUCUGUAACAUUUGGCUACAAAUUUGCGCGUAUUGCCAUAUACUAAUUGGCAGGGUGUGCGGGAACUCGAUGUUACAGGAUCGAGAUAGAACGUAGAAAUCGAGUGGAAUUGGGCGGGAUCCCGAUUCAUUUCAUUGUCGAGAUCACGAGUGUUUCGGGACUGCGCUUGAUUCUCGGGCGAUCUCGUGCAGUUUCGUGUAGUCUCGUGCGGUCUCGGUUUUUACGCAUGAAUAGGAUAUGGAACAAUCUAUAAGCGGAACCACCCGAGAACCGAGCGCAGUCACGAAACUUUUGGGGCCCGAAACACUCGGGAUCUUGAGAUCUAGAGCAGUGAAAUGUAUCAGGAUUCCGCUCGAUCCCACCCGACUCUUUCCGACUCGUCCCAAAAUUCGGGUUUCUGAGACUCAGGCGGUUUGACACGUUCUUACUAAUUGGCGAUGUACCACUUACCAUAAAUAGCGCUAUUUUUAAUUUUCAGUAGUUUAAAUUGGAUCUUACGGCGAUAGUGAUAAAAAAUGAUUUAUUCUGUAUAUUUGUUAUAAUAAUGAAUUUUAUUUGCAUGAUAUAGAUAUUGAAGAGGUUCGUAAAUAUUUUUGUGUUACAAAAAUACGUUUUUGAUCCACAAAUUGACAGAUUUCAUGGCAUUUUUCGCACGUAUAUUUCUUACGAGGAGAGUCAUAAUUCUUAGAUAGACUUUAUCUUUCGAAAGUCAAGGCUGACCGACAACGGUUCUCUUUUAACAAAAGAUAAACGAUUUGCAAAACAAAAGAUUCGCCUACAAAAAUGUAAUCGGUAUACAAUAGAAGGGUAACCUAUGAAUUCCAGUAUUCGCAUAUUUUUAUAAGUUCCUUUUAUUUUUAUACUGUUAAUCAUUUUUUUAAUCCCUGAAAUAUCAUCAGUCUCUUUUAUUAUUCUAUUAUGCGAAAAUAUAAUGAAAUUUAAUUUAAAAAAGAUGGAUGAUAAUAAGUUGAAAAAGUGCUUGGCCGGUAAUUAUAUUCUUUACCUACCUUUUAAUGUUCCAUUGAGCCCUCUUUGCUGUUAAAAUAAAAUUUUAGUCCGCACAUGCUUCAAAAUAUGCGUGUUUUAGCGAUAAUAUUCAAUCAUCUACCUUUUCAUAAUUCAAUUCUUCCAGUUAAAGAUAUGGAAGAAUGGUUAUAUCGUACAACUAUAAAAUGUAAAUCCCUAAAAUGUCAUAUGGAUUACAUGAAGUUGGCAUGUCGUGACAUGCAACAAGAUAUUCUGGAACCAAAGAAUGCAUUUGAUGACCAAAGUUACAAUGAUUCUAAAAUAAAACUUUCUGAUACAGAUGAAUCUGUGAGUUCCAGACACAUAAAUUACAAUGGGUCAUUGCAAAAAUUACCUGAUGCUACACCAGAAUCUAUAAAUGACAAUGGAAAUGGAGAAGAUUAUGAGUCACGCCAGAGUCCAAAAUUAGAGGACAUUGUCCCUAAAAUUAAUUUGCAAUAUAAGGAUAAAGAGAAAUUAGAAAGCAAGAGUAUUCGAGGAAAAUCAGAAGUUGACGCAAACGAUAUCCCAUUUAGGAAUCGCGCAUUACUACAGGAUUCUCGUAUUCAUUCUACGCCAUUGUCACCAAUAUGUAGAGACAUAUUGUACGAAGAACAAAAUGAAAACUGGCACAAUUCAUAUCAACCACAUUUAGCACGAUAUUCCACAGAACUGUUAGAUCUCGAGAAUCAGGAUGAUUACAUACACCAAGAACUGCCUUCUGCAAAGCAUGGUAUUAAAUUAGAUAUCCCCGGUAGUGUAAGAAAUGAAAGUGGUGGUAAGAGUAAAGCAUAUCGAAAGAAUGAAAAGAAAGAGAAAACUGCUUCUUCUGCAUUGUCGAGCAAGAAGGGUUCUGUGUCUAAGUUUGAUGAUGUUGCCUCGUUGAAAUUUAGGAAAAGAAGAAAAAAGUUAUGUGGUUCUACUUCGAAAAGCACGAUAGCUACGAGAGACACAAAUAUCGUAGGAAGAAAGGAUGUUAAAAGAAGAAAGCAAAAGAAUGUUGUUAAUUCUCGUCAUAUGCCAAAAUAUCCUCAGGCUUCAAAGAAAGUAGUUGAAAUUUACCAUAAUACGGCAGUGAAGACUGGUAGCACUUCCGUCAGCCCUAGUAAACACUCGAGAAUCGGUCCUCACGCAACGUAUAAUAAUAAAUUAUCUCCAGGCGCAAGUAAACAGCAAAAUGUUCACGUGAAAACGAGAUGUGAAAAUAGUAAUUAUAAAUAUAACUGUAACAAUGAUGAAGAUAAUCGGCCACGUAGUCCUCGGAAACAUAGUCCGUCUAAACAAAAGAUUGAAGAAAAAAAUGUAAGCUCCCAUAAUCAAAAUUGUACAUCAGAAUGUCCAAUUGCUCCAGCGUACACGAUGGGGCAAUGCAAUUUGAAUGAAGGCCAGCAGUCAAUUCUGCAGGCAUCGUACUGCAAUCCGAUGGCUACUACUCGUAGCUACGAAAUGCCAACGUUGGCAUCCAAACUAAAAAGAGUAAAUCGUUCGUACUUCAGUAGAUUCACUAUCAGAAACAUACCGUUUGUAGUGGGUACUUCCGUAACUCCGAGUCACAAUUUAGGUUUGAAUAUACAGCAAGUCUUAAGUAUAAUGAAAACGAGGCAACCAACAGUAAACGGAAUUGCGCCAUUUCUCAUUCAUAAAGAGAGUAAGGGGACGAAAACCGUGCCUGCAUUGAUGGGUCAAGCGAAUGAUCAGAUCAAAUUGUCGCAAAUGAAUUCUCAAAUGAUUAACUCUUUGGUGCACAAGGCGAACUCGUUUCUAAGCGAGCCUUUUAAUGUAUUUGGGAACGAGAGCGUUUCUUUAAGCUAUGGUGGUAGAACAUUUGGAAAUUUCAACUUGGACGUGAAUGUAACAAACGCGAAAGAAGCAGCCGCCGAUGAUGCAAUUGAUCCCGAGAGUAUUCCAAAGAAAAAGGAUACUCGUUCGGAGAAUCAAUUGAAUCGAUGGAAUACCCCAGAGAUUUCGCGAAGUACAGACAAUGCUAAAGUACUGAAACUAUUUUCGUCUCAACAAAAUGUGAAAACACUAACGGAAGUUCCGAAUGUCGGGCAACCGCAGUCGACAACAGACAAAGACAAUGAAUGCGGUAUGGAUAUGUGUGAUACACAAUCAGUGAACUGUUCUCAGAAUGCGAAAGGAAUACGGGAAGUUCUUGUCAAUCUCCAUGAUCAAUUUGAAGAAAUGAAUACCAAAUACGAAAAAUUACAAGCGGCAGCGGAGAAGAAUAAUGAUAAAAAAUUGGACGAACAAGUAUCGAUUUUGGAGAAAGAGUUGAGCAUAAAAGAAGACGAGAUAAAUACUGUUAUCAAUUUGUAUAAGGAGGUAAUGACGCUGAAACAACAAAUGAAGUUGCUGCAGGAAAGGAAUAGUUACGUUUGCAUAGCGAGCGAAAUUCCAAUAGGAUUAAACACACCCCAUUCACCUGUGCCGUUCAUGUUAACGAAAUCUAAUGGAACGAUUCUACAACAAAAGCUUCUCCAUAGAAGGAAAAGUACCGUCGUCGCGUCCAAGGAGCCUACGUCUCUUCGAUUAGCUAGCCUUUUACGGCAAAUUCAAACAUUCCAAAAGCAAUUGAGGCUAUCAUCCUGAUAAGAAUAUGUGCAAUUUUUGGGGUGAGAUCAACUCAUUAAUAGACGUGUUCAAUAUAUGUUGAAAACAUCGAGUUUUUCUUGUUAUACAUAGAGUGAAUUACGGGAAACUUUACGCAUAAAUAAACCCUGUUGAAAUGGAACAAAAAUAAGGAUUACUUUCUAGAAUGAGGGAAAUGCUUGUAGCGGUUCAUACUCUUCUUUUAUUCGAUUCUGCGUGCUACCUCUUAUGUCGUAUAAUAUUGAUUUGUAUAUGCGUAUGGUCUUAUGGUAUUUAUGUAUGCAACUGCUUGUAUCUAUACAUACCGUGUAUAUGUAUAUACAUAAUCACACGUUUACGAACUCGAAGGAUAAUUAACAUUUCGCUAAUUAUAAUUCAUUCCUUCAGUUUUACCCUCGGCUUGUAUGCAUCUAUGUCUAAUACAUGAUCGAACGAAAACUUACCGUUAACAUAGUAUUCUCUUUACUCUUUUCAGUGUCAGCGCUAACGUCUAGGUACCUCGUGAAAAAUUGUUUAUUGAACCAUUCGUGGGAAACGUUGCCGCCCCAGUGUAAUCAUCAACUAAAAUCCUUGUCAGCAGAUUCUGGUCGACUCAUUGUCAACAGAACACGAACAUCGAAUUCGAGCGUUCACAGUAAUGUUUCUUCCAAGCAACUGCACAUUCUCUUCGCAAGUUUCAUUUUGUUUUGUACGCGCAAAGACACACCUCUCUUUUUUUUUGUCUCUUCUACAAGCUACAAUAUUUCCUGGUCAAUGGCAUGGAUACAAAAUGUAGUCUUAUUUCUAAGACGUUACUUUUCCUCGUUCUACAGUAACGAUCACUGCUCGUACGCACGAAAUCUAUCAAAAUAAAACAUUUUUGUGAAUAUAAAA